GUCAGCUUGACAUAUCUCCAAAUGCAAAUAUCAAAAUGCCAAUACAAACUAGCCAUAAAUCCAAUAGUCCCUAGAUUUUUAAACAAAACAAAAAAUCGGGGAUGCAUCCAAAUAUCUACGAUUUUCUGGGUAGUUAAAAAUCCAAUCCUUUCAAAUACGUUGAGUCGCAAUAAGUCAGCAAUUCGUUUUUGUGAGCACCUUCUAUGUUUCCUUAAAAAAAUAGUUUUUUUAGUAAGAUCGUUUACUGUUGGUUGCACUGCGUCAGGUCAUUUUCGUCACUUCGCUUCGACACUUGCAUUCGGGAAACGAGAGAGGAAGGCAAGUACGCGAUGUACAUCUUUUUAAUCUAAACAUUGUGGUUUGUUUUCCAGUUUCAAGUGUAAAAAACAGUCAGUAUUACUAGAUAACCAGCUGUCAUUCUACCAUGAUGGAUUCUCGUGAAUUAGGGUGUAUGCCAGUGGUCAUCAACCGUUUCAGUGUGUUGAGCUAGUUUGAUAACUUUGGAAUAAACAAUGAGCUACCUAGUCUUAGCAAUAUUGCUACCUACCCAAUUGUGACAAAUAUUGAACAAUUACUUAUUCAAUUCAAGAAGGCGUAAGAUAACAAAACCGUAUUACCAAAAUGGAGGCAUUGCAAAAGCUACUGCCUGGUUGUUUAAUGCGUUACAUCCAGACCAUCAAUGGAAACCCUCUUUUUUUUAAUUUUUAAAUUCUCCAAAAAGGUCGCACCCCCCAUUUGUGACUCUCCUGGUAUGUUUUGGGGAAAACGCUCGGACACGUCAAUUUUUAGGAGGACGUCUUUUCAACUAUAGUUGUAGUCACCGUUCUUGGCGGUUACGUCGUCAACGCCAUAUGAAAUAAGUAAAUAGAUCGAGUUUCCGCACCAUGGGCUAAUCUACUGUCUCCAGUACGCAUGAAGUGGGAAACAGGGGACCACUGUUUUUCAUGAUCUUCCUGGAAAUACUCUAAUAAAUUUAGCUUGAGCUGCCGGCCUUCUCCAUUGGUCGUAUUUCCGGAGAUUGUACAAUUUUAUUUUGAAGAUUGAUAACAGGACAAUCCAAAUUGCACGCCGAUGUCAAUUGUAAAAUGUCAUCAGCUGGUUCAAGUGGUUCAGGCAGAGGAAGAGGCAGCCAAACUGUCGGAGAUCAAAAAGAAUCAAAGGACAACAAACCAAAUCCAAAAAUGUCGAAAGCACUGGGAACUUCGGCCAAACGUAUUCAAAAAGAACUCGCUGAAAUCACUCUUGACCCACCGCCAAACUGCAGUGCUGGGCCAAAAGGUGAGAACUUCUACGAAUGGGUGUCAACAAUCCUGGGACCGCCAGGUUCCGUGUAUGAGGGAGGUGUUUUCUUCCUGGACAUCCACUUCUCGCCCGAAUAUCCCUUCAAACCACCCAAGGUGACUUUUCGAACGAGAAUUUACCAUUGCAAUAUCAACAGCCAGGGAGUCAUCUGUCUGGAUAUACUGAAAGACAACUGGUCUCCAGCCCUCACCAUCUCCAAAGUUCUGUUGUCUAUCUGUUCCCUGCUUACUGAUUGUAAUCCAGCUGAUCCAUUGGUAGGGAGCAUAGCAACACAAUACCUACAAAAUCGUGAAGAGCACGAUCGCAUUGCGAGGCUUUGGACCAAGCGCUAUGCAACGUGAUCAGCAUGCAGGGGCCAAAAAAACUUCAGAGUCCCUCGCUGUUUGUCAGCCAGCCUUGGCAACAAAUUGUUUUUCUCUUUAUUUCAGUCUUAACUCCUCGACUACAACUAUGCUACACACAUAAGGAUUCACUUUGCAACUGAUCCAUUUUUCUUAUAAAUAUGUCGUAUGGUUGCGUAACUGUCAUUUUAUAUUCAUAACUAACCUGGUCCGUGAACAUUUUAGUUUUAACGGAUCCUUAUGGGUGUAUAAAAUUUAUAUUUACCUGUCUAAAUGUUCAUGUAUACCUUUUAAGUUUGUACCAAGAUUAGGUAAAGUUAAGGUAGGUUAUGUUAUGAAAUUAUUGUGGAAUUAAAUUAAAAUAAAUGAACACAUUGUAGUUCUGAAUUUUAUGGGAGGAUGUUUUAAAAACAAAUUUUUUCUGUACUGAUGAUAAUUUCUUUGGCUGUGAAGUUGAUGUCAGUCGUGUAUAAGAAUUUCGUUUUAAAUACUGAAAAGUAAAUGUAUAAAUCAUUUUUAAGUGGAAUUGGGAGGUUUCCAGCCUAUACUAGGUAAUUGUUUAACGUUUUCCUAGAAAUCGGAACCUUUCUUUUAGAAGCUUGGUAUCGCGGAACGGUUGCUUCACCUCCAUUUUUUUAUUGCGUUAUACGGAGUUUUACUAUAUUCACAAUAGAUAUCACUUUAUUAAAAAUAAUGUGGCUUAAAAAUAGUUUCAUGUUCUCAAAACCUCAUCAACUGCUGUCAAAACUUUGAAAAUACUGAACGGUGACAAGUUUGAAAGGUGUAAGAGCGCUGAAGUUAGUAAAUAAACAACAUUGAUUUUUACAAUUUCAUAUUUGUAGGAUAGAGGAGACUCGCAGGGUAUUUGAGGUUGAGAAAUAAUUGAAAUUCAAAGUGAGACGUUUAAUAGUCAACUGUUUAGUAUUAAAAUAGAAAUGUCGGUUUGUAAUUAAAUUUUUUUCUGAUAGUCUAAUCAUAUUAGCAAAUUUCCCCGAAAUAAUUGUAGUCUCGUUUUAUUGGUGCAAGUUCAAGGGAGUAUUUAAAACAUAGACGCAUAAAACGGGUACACCAAUUUUUGUAGGAAAACUUUUUAUUCGACAACAAAGAAUGAGAAAACGUGUUUUUUGGGAUUCAAUUGAAAGUGUUUAUAGGAACCAAAGCACUUUUUAUAUAAAAUUUUUAGGUAUUUAUGACUUUUUUGCUAGUAGUCGGGUCUUCUUACGUGUGGGCUCAUUUUGUAGGUCUCAUAAAUACCUAAAAAUCUUAUAUGAGCACUAUACUGCUUAAUGUCAGUCUCCAUUUAAUUCAAAUAACCACAGACAAAGCGUUAUUGCUAUGGCUGACUGACUGCACACACAAAUUGAGCCAGUCUGGUUAGCUAUCAGCCCAAUACGAAUUUUGGGCCGAAAAUUUGAUUCCAUCUGAUACAGAAUUCGAUCGAGCUGAAACUUAAAAAUAACUCAAGAAGUUGACGUGGGUUUGUUAAAAAUCGCAAAUUGUAUACGCCGUCUAUGAAAAUGCCUAAAAGUGGAUUUUGAAUUCUGAGAUUUAAAACCAACCAUAGGUAGCAAUUUUUAUUGAAAUAAGUGAAUGUUGAUCGAUAAGUCGCGAAAUCUUCGAUAUUCAAAAUUCUUUUGGUUUUUAACGGCUGUGUGUUUCCAUGCUAUUCACCUAUCUUAGGCCUGAGAUUGUUUAGUCUUGAACAUUAGUUAAAAAAAUUUGCGGUUGUAUUUGGAACGUAUUCUUGGUGAAAAAGUUGCUGAAUAAGUAGACAAAUAUAGGCUUCAGCCACAUAAAAAUUUAAAAAUGCAAUCAAUAUUUAACAUACAGAUGGUGAAACAGAAAGGUAGCUUAGAGCUUAGUUAUCGAGACAAAUUAUGUGUUACAUGUGAGUGACUGACCUUAAAUGUGACAUCAUCCAAUUUUACUUCCUAUGCCACUAGGCGAGGAAGUAUUUCGCAAAUUAUUUCGAAAAUGAGAUACUGUGUUUUUUGGAUUUUAUAUAUUAUGAAAAUCUCGAAAAACCACGUCAUUCAUUUCCGUAGGUCUGUCUGUCAGCUAAUCCUUGGCCCGUCUGUAACCUGAAAAUCAGCGCUGGGAUUUUGAUGGAAUUUACACACAAAUUUGGUACUAUCCAAGGACGAAAAAUUUUAUAGUUUUUGAAAAUCGGUCCAGUGACGGCGAAUAACAUUUGAUGUUUUGGAGAGUUCUGAUCAUUUUCAGAAAAACAUUUGUGGGGUUGAAAUUCAGGGUUCGCGGGUCUGUAGGGGGCGGGGGACGGUAAAUGUUUUUUUUUUUUUUGAUCUUGGUUUUAUUUAUACUUCCCAACCCAGAUAAUUCUAUGUACCUAUUAGCCAUAUUUCACACUUCAUAUAUUUCCCCGUACAUUUGCCUUAAUCACUUGCCGCGCAGACGUGGAAAAUGACAACGUUGCCAAAUGGACAGUGACUACCGGUAGGUUAGGGAAAGAUUGUCUAUGGAUUGAUUGUAUUGGUCGGUAAAAUUUCUCUGUUGUACAUGUUCGUAACCGAGUUCUCAGAGGAUUUAGAUUGCGCUGUACUUAUAAACUGACGAUAGCGUUGCGUAGGAAGUGCAGUCAACCUGGUAACGCCUUUUUUUAUUUGCAAGUGAUUAGACAUAAUAUGCCGUGGUUCAUCCCAAAUUUCUAGCUAUAUGUUUUUUUGUUUAUACCUCCUUUUCUUCAUGGCGCUUUAUCGUCUCAAUACGAGUUACAUGUCCGAUUUUAAAAUUUCCCAAUCUGUACGAAUCUAUAACACAGUCGUUCAUAAAAAUGCCUCUCAUAAAGUUUAUGUGACAAAAGUAAUUUCAGAAAAAGGUUUAGACCAAGCUCUCAUAUCAAAAUUUGUUUAUUUUUGAAUGGAUGUUGUCUAAUGUUCCCUUUGAAAUAGUUCACCCAAGGUCUAUGUAGAUGCUUGUGCAGAACUACAAGUUUUUUGUUUUUGUGAUAGGUAUAUUUAUUUUUUUUCUCGAUUGUAUAAACGUAUGAUAAAAAUACAUACCCUCAGCUGCUUGUGUAUACUUUUUUUUAUUAAAUUUAAAGAGAAUAUGGACUAUUCUAUUAGCAAGUACUGUUUAGUUGUAAUUGUAAUAAUAAAUUUUAGUAAUGUACUAA